AGUAAAUAAGCCUCCUCUUAUAAGGGUCUCUGGAGCCAAGCUCUGCUCAGACACACACAAGGCCAGCUGGUUGGUGUACAGAGACGCCGAGUGACCAAGAGCUGAACCAAGAUGAGGAUCCUGAUUCUCCUCGGACUCUCUGUCCUUGCUGCGGUCUGCAACGCAGAUUCCUCAGAGUCCAAUGAGAUUGAUGAUGUGCUGUUCCUUGGGAGGGGAGAUGCGUAUUCCUUUAUGAGACCUGCAAGUCGAUGGUAUCCAUGGGAAAGGGCGCGAGUCAAGCCCAUAUACGAGGUGAACAGGGAGCAGUGCGAGGAGUACCCGCUGUGCGAUCACCUGACAAGACAGGUCAACGGCAGGUACGCUCAGAGCAGGCGCUUUGGUGGUGGCUGGAUGCGCCCCGGGAGCCACGGCCAGCUGCGGCCUCACCGACAGAGAGGCUAUCGGAGCAGGAAACAGUACUACGGGUACUAGGGGCUGCAACAGCAAGAUGAGCACGCAUGCACGCACGCACGGACACACACACACACACACGCACGCACGCACACAGACUCACACAGGAAUCUGUGGUUGGCAGGACAGUGUCAAAUAGAAGCAGGACGUGUUGGAAAGACUCAGCUGGUCAGGCAGCAUCUGUAGUGAGGGAUGUUCCAUUAAUGAUGUAACACACACACACACACAAUGCAGGAGCUACGCCGCAGGUCAGGCAACAUCUAUGGAGGGGAAUAAACAGUCAACGUGUUGGGCUCCCUCCAUAGAUGCUGCCUGACCUGCUGAGUCCCUCUAGCAUUUUGUGUGUGUUGCUCAAGAUUUCCAGAAUCUCCUGCGUCUCUUCUAUAGAUGAUAACCCUCCAACACACCCUGAAUGCACCUCAAUAUCUGGCAUGGACCCACAGGUUUCUGGUGUACCUGCCCCAGGGUGUCUCAGUGUAACAACUUCUGUUCACCCCAGUAACCUUCCUCAUUGCCCCUGGACCUAUCGAUUCCAGUAUCUCCCCUAAAUGCUUCUCAUUCCUUGACCUGCUGAGUGUUUCCAGUAUUGUCUUUUCAUUUCAGACUUCCAGCAUCUGCAGUUUUUAAAAAAUUUUUCAGCCGAGUAAUGUUACCGGGAGGAAAAGCGACAGAACUUUCCCUGGCAUCCAAGCCAUUCACAUCCUGCCUUGGGGCCUGUAGCCCAGUUGUGUGUGUGGGGGGGGGGGGCCAGUUGCUUUUCCCAGUGGCGAUGUUACCUCAUUCCCGAGGGGAGUGCCGGGAAAAGGGUCUCAGACCGAACUCCGUGUUCCGCAGCUUGCUCCUAAAGGGAUCAGGCAGAGAAAAUGCCGGGAGCAUUCAGCCAGUAUCUGUGGAAGGAGAACUGUUUGCACUACAGAUCAGAAGGUCUUUGAUGAAAGGUCAUCAACCUGAAAUGUCAACUCUGCUUCUCUCCCCACAUAUGCUACCUGACCAGCUGAGCAUUUCCGCCAUUUUCUGAUUUUAUUUCACAUUUUCUUUCACUCCUGGAAGGAUCUCCACAAAGCACUGAGGCUUUGCCUUCAGCCAAUCUCCCUCUAUUCACUCACCAAAUCAUUGCUAACACUACAAGCUCCACUCUUUCUCCUACUCAUACUCUCACUGGAGACGGUUACUGACUUGGGCUUUCUCACAGUAAGGUGCCACGGGAAAAGGUCAGAGAGAAGUCAGCUCUCAUUUACCAUGGGAUUUGGGGCCAGAGGAACGCAAUCAUCUGCCCCUCAUUCUGUGGAGCGAGAGGGUUCCCAUGGAGGUGACCCAUUCAGGGUUGGGGGCGUCCUCUACCUCAGCCCAACUGGGAUGAGGAAGAGAGGUGUCUCCGCCCCUUAACAGGGGAACUUAAUGUCCCAGCCUUUUUGGGUGGAUACCUUUCUCACUGACUGAAGAGAUCCAAUUAUCAAGCGAUGCAGAAAGGGAGAGAAGUGGUGGCAGGAAGGUGACAUUGGACAGAUGAUGGACUGGGAAGAGGGGAAAAAUGGUAAGAGUUAAUUAAAGUUCAAAGUGAAUGUCACCAUAUACCCCAGAGAUUCACUUUCUUGUGGGCAUACUCGAUAGGUCUAUAGAAUAAUAAGCGUAACAGAAUCAAUGAAAGACCACACAGUCUGAGAGUUCAACCAGACUGCAGAAGACACCAAGUUGCACAAAUACAAAAAUAAGGAAGGACAAUAAUAAAUAAACAGGCAAUAAAUAUUGAGAACACGAGAUGAAGAGUCCUUGAAAGUGAGUCCAUAGGUUGCGGGAACUUUUCAGUGAUGGGGCAAGUGAAGUUGAGUGAAGUUAUCCACUUUGGUUCAAGAGCCUGACACAAGUGACAGAGAAUAUGUACAGCCAGGUACAAAGCAGACCAGACCACUGACUUCUCUCCACUACAGUGAGGCUAAGAACUUCCUCAGAGCCAGCGGCAAAGGGAAAGCAAUUUCAGCUCAAGAGCAACAAGGUGCUUUUUUUUGAGGGAGGUGGGUAGAGUUUGCAGCCUCUGGGCAGGACUGCCCAGCACCUGUUCCAGACUGCCCAAACUCAGUAGAGUGUACUCCAGUUAACAAUAUUAGUAACCAACGCAGUGUAAACCAUAUCAGCAGAGAGAAAUAAAAUUAUAGUCUGCAACAUAUGCUGUAUAUUAUACACAUAAACCUUGUAAAUACAUCCUGUUUGCGACUUGAACCUGUAAGAGCUUCUUAUCAACCUCUGUUUGAAGCUUACAACCUAAUCAUUAUAGGUGCAGAGUGUAACUGAAACUUUCAAUGGCAUUUACAGGAAUAUAUAAUAAAGAAAUA